GGAUGUUUGUGCGCGCGCACCACAUGGUGCGGCCCCGCCCCCUAGCUGCUACGCAUGCGCGUUCCCUUUCGAAGUCGGGUUUAAGUCGCAGCGUCUUGACUUCAUCGGUAGGAGCCGGAAGUGCUGCCUAGUUACCAAGAUGGAGCGUGUGAUUUAUAGUAAGCUGCCGCCGCAGGCUGCAAAGCUAUUGGAUCUCCAGCCUCAAGGAUCACAAGAGGCUGAAGCUUUUGUAAGUGCUUUUCUGAAGCGUAGUAUGCCACGACUGAAAGAUGAAGCCAUCCAGGAUAAGCUAACCCGAAAAGCGGUAGUUCUUGAGCAUUGUCUUAGAAGAAGGAAAAAGGAAAAAAGAAAGAAAACAAAAGGGUUUUCUGCCAAGCAGAGGAGAGAAAUGCGGCUCUUUGAAGUUAAACCAGAACAACAAAAAUAUGAGUUAUUUCUACCAUUACAUGAACUCUGGAAACAAUACAUCAGGGAUCUGUGUAAUGGACUCAGACCAGAUGCACAACCACAGAUGAUUCAGACCAAAUUGCUAAAAGCUGAUCUCCAUGGAGCUAUUGUUACAGUAACUAAAUCAAAAUGUCCCUCUUAUGUUGGGAUCACAGGAAUUAUUCUACAGGAAAUGAAGCAUAUUUUCAAAAUUAUUACUAAAGAAGAUAAAUUAAAAGUUAUUCCCAAGCUUAACAAUGUAUUUAGCCUGGAGGUUGAUGGCUUUAUUUCCCACAUCUAUGGUAGCAAGUUCCAGCUUAGAGCAAGUGAGCGUUCUGCGAAGAAGUUCAAAACGAAAGGAACUAUUGACCUAUGAUUUUAAGGAAAUUCAAAGAUAUUGGGGCUUCAUUCAUAAACUGAAAAUCAAGUUAAAAAAACAAGAACAUAUGGAAUUCUACAUCUUCUAAAGUAUUUCUUUAUACUGAAGUAUGAGUUACAAGAAACAUUUAAGUUACAUCUGUUUUAUGUACUAGAUGGUCUCCCAAAAUCUUCAGAUUGCAGUAAUGUCAAUAUUUCAUUUCUUGAAAAUAGUGUAUAACAUUUUGGUCUUUUUUUACAGUAAACUAAUAUUUGUGGUGAUUCACAUUAAUUUGUUUUUCAAAAUAAAAUCCUUUUCCCAAUUAUUGCUUGACUUAAUAUAACUUUAAUUGUGUUGGAUUAGUAUGUAUAAUGUCUCAAUUUACAUAUUUUCAGUCAAAUCAGACUGUGGAACAUGUAUAAAUCCCAAUUCCUGAUGUUAAAAGUUGUUUCUAUGACAUGUUUCACGAACAGACAGGGUUAUAUGGAGGAAUUUACCAUACAGAAAAUGAAUUCUUGUUUACAACUUGUUUUUAAA